GGCGCGCCGACGUUCCGCUGAGCGCCUAGCCAACCGGAAGUAGCCGGGCCUUUGGCGACAGGACCGAGCAGAGCGGAAGUCACUCCGUGAGGCAGUGGCGACAGCGGCGGCGAGAGGAUGAACAACAAGUUCGACGCCUUAAAAGAUGAUGACAGUGGAGACCAUGAUCAGAAUGAAGAAAACAGCACACAGAAAGAUGGUGAGAAGGAAAAAACGGAACGGGACAAGAGCCAGAGCAGUGGCAAGAGGAAGGCUGUUGUCCCUGGACCAGCAGAGCAUCCCCUGCAGUACAACUACACCUUUUGGUACUCUAGAAGAACCCCCGGCCGUCCCACCAGCUCACAGAGCUACGAGCAGAACAUCAAGCAGAUUGGCACCUUUGCCUCUGUGGAACAGUUCUGGAAGUUUUACAGCCAUAUGGUACGUCCUGGGGACCUGACAGGCCACAGUGACUUUCAUCUCUUCAAAGAAGGAAUUAAACCUAUGUGGGAGGACGAUGCUAAUAAAAAUGGUGGCAAGUGGAUCAUUCGACUUCGGAAGGGCUUAGCUUCCCGCUGCUGGGAGAAUCUCAUCCUGGCCAUGCUGGGGGAGCAAUUCAUGGUUGGGGAGGAGAUCUGUGGGGCUGUGGUCUCUGUCCGCUUUCAGGAGGACAUUAUUUCUAUAUGGAAUAAGACCGCCAGCGACCAAGCAACCACAGCCCGAAUCCGGGAUACUCUUCGGCGCGUGCUUAACCUACCUCCCAACACCAUUAUGGAAUACAAAACCCACACCGACAGCAUCAAGGCCUGGGAGGAGUUUCAUGGCCUGGUGAACAGCAGCGGCCGCUGAUCGGACGCUCCCCCUCUGUCUCUCACACUCAGGGGACAAUUCAAGCUUUCGAAAUACAAAAAUCACAUUGUGAAAGUACACAAGCUGGCAAUAAUCCUUUUCUGUUUGUGUGUUUGUCUGAAAUGGAUGUGAGGCUCAGGCAGUCCUGUCUGCUCACUAAAGGGGUGUACCUAAGCCACGUGCUCCCUUUCUGCACUCGUUCCUGGAAGACGGACUCCGCUAGACACCUUCCAGCAUUGCUGACCGUUAUAAAGCGGGAAGAAUGGGGAAAAUGUGACUUUGUAAUAGACAAACACUUCUGAGUGGGGUUCUGUGUGGGAGUGCAGCUGUCUUCUUGGUGUGUGCUGUCCAGAUGCCUCGUGGCAUCCUGCUGUACUCUCCUGCUGUUCAAAGGACUUGAUGACCGACCACGUGUAUGUGCCCUGUGUUGGGUCUGAGCUGAGCGUUAUCAGUAUUAUGAAUGCUUGCACAUCUAGGCACAGCCUCUGCUUAGAGUUGAAGAGAUCCAAAUGCCUCUCCCAGCUCUUCUGUUAAGUUAUUGUGUGUUCCUCUCCCCCAAGCCCACCACUCUGAACAUCUGUUAGGAUAUGAUGAGAGCCUAGGAUUCUGUGUCCUUUGUGCCUUACACCUCUAGUGGGGACUCUUCUUAGGCACUGUGGCACUUAAAUUGUGAUCCUGGCCAGCACAGGUUUUGCUGAUGAAACCUAGGUAUCUGCCCUGUAAAAAGGUGGAGAAGAGUGCAGUUCAAUCAGAAGAUAGAUUAUAGUGCAGGUCCUGUGUGUAGGGUUGGGGCUGAGGGCAGUGACUGAAACCAGCCUCACAUGCAAGUGGGACUUGUGUGCUGAGCAUGGUCUGUGGGGCUUGCAUGUCCCUCAUGGAAGAGGAAGCUGCCACUGGUUAGUGCCACAUUAACACUUAGUGUGUAGGUCCCACAAUGCUGAAAUGGACAUCUGAAGAAGUGGCAGCCUUGCUGGAUGCUUUUACUUGACGGCUGUGUCCGUCAGCUGUGGUUGGAAAAGACUUUUGGUCCUCAACACCUGGAUGUAAGCAAAUUGUCCAGAUCCUCCAUAUGCAAAAGGCUCCUGCAGGCAUGUCCUCAUGAGAGAAGCUGAGUGAUCUGACUUUGGGAGCCUGAGGCCAGAGAGAUCAAAAAAGCACCCAAGAUCAAGGAAGAAAUGGGCAGCUGCAGCAAUUUCAAGUAGCCCUGUGUACUGGGUUCUUGUGAGCCAAGGUGGCAGUACCUUAAAUUAAGGCCUCUAUAGCAUAUCCCUGAAGCCUGGGGUUCCUCAGCCACGGGUCUCAGGAAUUCUGAAGGUAACAGCAUCUCCUUAUAUCCAUCAUACUCUUCCUUCUUUCCAACUCCUCCUCCAGUCAUUGCUGUCUGGGGAUGCCUUUCCUUGAAAGAACAGAGUGCAGGGGCCAAGAGGAAAGGUGUUUGUGCUGUGGGUGAAGCCAUCUGAGAAGAAAGUCCAGCAGUGAUGGAACUCCAGGAAUCUGAAGAAUGUAUUCUGGGGUGGUUGUGAAGGGCUCCAGCAACACCAGAGCAUCACUGGCUGUCAAGGAGGCAGAGGCUGCCUCUGGAGGCUUGACUAAGACAGGAGGCCUCACAUUGGCCUAUGCGCAGGUCGCCUCAAAAAUUCCAAAGAGCAGACAUUUGGACUUGCCUUCCUUUGGGCAUCUCUCUGGGGUUUGUGUGUGUGUGUGUGUGUGUGUGUGUGUGUGUGUGUGUGUGUGUGUGUGUGUGUGUGUGUGUGUGUGUGUGUGUGUGUGUACAGUGUCUAAGAGUGAGGCCUGUGUCAGGCCUAAUGGUUAGAUAUUUUGUUUUGCUUUUGAAAAAAAAUCUUUUGUUCAGAUAUUUGAAUCUCCUAGAUAUUUGAAUUUUCUAGAGCUGCUUGUCUUUCCCCACCCUCUUAGUAUUUGACAGUUGGGUUUUUUCCCUUGCAUCUAAAGUAUGUGGACCCUGCUCCCAUUAGAGUGAGGAGUUCUCACAGUCCGGCAGCAGCUCAACCCCAGUGUUCUUCCAGGUGCUCUGCCUAACAGCUUAGGGGGAAACUGACUAGUCAGUUUACUCAAACCACUCAUUUUUUCCCAAACUAGCUGGAGAAGUAUCUCCACUUAUUUUGACUUCACAGGCCUCUGGUAGGCCGAGGUACCACGUGGCUAUGGUUAUGGUAUCAGCUGUUCUCGGAACAGGUUGAGGCCUGCCAGAACCAAUGUGACCAGCAUGACAGGUUGCUGCUAGAGAAGGGACAGUCAGGUUUGUGCUGGUCUCCCUUCUGCCUCCAUGGCCCUCUCCUCUUAAGAGCCUUUCUCCGUGUGUGUGUGUGUGUGUGUGUGUGUGUGUGUGUGUGUGUGUGUGUGUGUUUCCCUGUGACACUGGCAGUGGGGAUACUUUUCAACCAGAGAAAAGCUUGUCAGUGCUCCAAGAAUGAAUUUCCAAGUAUUUGCUGGAGGGGAAGGAGCAGGGCUGUGACAGUGGUGUAGCGUUGCACUUUGAGAGGAUUGUCUACUGCAGUAAUAAAUGGAAAGUAUCAAC